CUAACUUGACUGUGUGCGGUUAGUCGUCAACAUGAUGUGGCACAUCGUUCGGCGGCCACAAUAACUUUAAGUUUUUUCGUAAAUCUGCCGAUUUUGUCGGCAGGAAACAAUUAUGUAAUAUAAAUCUCGAUUAGUUAAUGCAUCGUACACCGUACCCGUUUUAAACGCAAAAUAGUACAAACACGCGAAAACCGUUGCCGAAACACCGAGUUUUUAUAACAAAAAAAAAAAAAACGAUUUAGACGACAACAAACGACACGACCAAAACCAAGCGUAUCCCUCGUUUUAUCGGAUUUACUUAAAGGCUGUGCUACACAUCGUAAACAAAAACCAUAAAAAUAAGAAAAAACGAAAAAAUGGAACCGGUGCCCGAAUUUGAGGAGUUGAUGUUGUGCGGCUACUGCAAGCAGAAAUUCAACGAUUCCGACCAGAGCCCCAAACUGUUAUCGUGCAAACACUACUUCUGUCUUCAAUGCAUGCGAACGAACUUGAACAAGGGCCAGGAAUUGUACUGUGUUUAUUGCUGGAAACGCACCGAAAUCGGCGAUUUGGGGCCCGAGUCGCUCCCAACCUACGCUCCCGUUCUCUGUCUUACGAAGAACUUCUCGCAGAUGAAGUUGGGACCUCAGAAGCCCCCGGAUAAACCUGCCAAAGUUAUAUCGGAAAAUUGCCACACACAUGCCAUGCCCUUGGCGCUGUGGUGUCACACAUGUUGUUCGCCGGUGUGUCGGGCCUGCGCCACCACCAGUGACCAUUCCACACACCAAAUCAAAUCGCAGAAUGAAGCUAAAGAACAACUCGUUGCCGAACUACAAGGCGAUCUCGCUUUCAUGAAUAAAAUGCUCUCGGAAAUUCAACGAUUGGCGAUACAACAACGCGAAUUUUUGUUGAAGAUUUUGGAGGCUUGUGUCACGCUGAAGACACACGUGGAGGCCGAUUUGACCAAUAAUGCGUCACAUUUUGAAUUGACCGAAACGCGAGACACUUUAGCCAAACUUCGACUGAAUCUAUCAAUGGCUGAGAAUCUGACCGAAGUUCAUAAUCUCUAUUCGAGUGUCUCCGUUGAGAAGCAAAGACUCCAAAUGAGAUACCAGGAGAUGUGUCUUCAAUGCCAACUCGACGAUUUAAUCCGAAAUUCGACCGUUAUCUUCGAUUUUCAACUCUUGAAGCAAGCUUUGAGCAACAUCCAUAAUGGGGAAAUGGCGUUUCCGGGGAAUUCCCGAAUCCUUCCACCAUCCCAACAAAACCCAAUACUAUUCCUCGCUAAUUACUGCAUGUCUCAACUCUACUCCCGUCACGUCUUAACCAAACAAACCGUCAAUGGAAGUCUCGAUUACCACAACCAUAAUACCAUCCCCCCGGUGAAUUACCUCAACCACCCCCAACAUUUAGUCCUAACAACACCGAAAAACAUCUACCAGGAGAACAACCUAAUGAUGCAAAACGUGAUUCACUCCCCACAGAUUCGUAAUCCGGCUAAUAUGUGCCCCCUUUACUACUUCAACAUCGAAGUGAAUGGGGCUUCGGUCGGAAGGAUUGUUAUCGAAGUCCGCGCCGAUGUGGCCCCAAAAAUGGCCAAAAACUUCGGCCUAUUGACCACCGGUGAGGCCGGAAUGGGGUACAAAGGAUGUCAGAUUUUCCAAUGUUGGGAGGGCGAGAGUGUGAUAACUGGCGAUUUUGAAUUGAAUAAUGGUCGUGGGGGCCGUUCCAUUUUCGAGGAUUCGUAUUUCUUGCCCGACGACACGAAACUAAUGGCAGUGAGGGGGACAGUGGGCAUGCGACGAACGCAAAAACGUCACGAUAAUUUAGGUAUGGUCGGUUCACAGUUUCGUAUUAUUUUGCAAGAGAUGAGGGGAUUCACCGGAAUUUUCGGACAUGUGAUCGAAGGACUCGAAUUGGUAGAAAAGAUCAGUACGUACGGUGACACGGCCGGAAAACCGACCAAAAAUAUACUUAUCGCAAAAUGUGGAAAAUUAUAAUCGGCUUGAAUCGAAACACUUGAUGUCUAAUCAAACUUUGCUUAAAGAAAAAACACAAAAAAAAUCAUAUAUCUAGAUGUUUUAUAUGUAGCUUCAAGCAACAGUGCGUAGUUGAUCACGAGAUGAAAACGUAAUGAUACCGUCUUAGCUUAAUAGUACUAUCGAAUUCCGAAAUAACUAUAUUUUCGUAUCGUAUCAAAUAUCGUAUAUAAAAAAUGAAAAGUACGCGAUAUUUUUUAUUGUUGUCGUUUUUCAGCAAGGGACGUUUUUAGCUUAAUAAGUGUCUAUGUUAUGUUUGUUUCCUGGUGCGGUAGAAAUGUUAAAGAUUACAGAGUUUAAAAAACCCCGGAACGUCAGGAAUUGCACUUGGCUUUUUUUUCGUACCUUAUAGACUUAGUUGGGUUCAUCGGACGUGAAGAAAUCUCCCUGUUUUAGUGUGUUUUUUUUUCAUUAUAUGACAUGAAUAUAAUUAGAUUAAGUGCGGUAAUUCGGUAAAUUGUUAAUUUGGGAAUUGGUACGUUCGAGUGGAUUACGUCAACGUGUGAUCAAUUCAAACGUACGGAUUCUCAACUUGGUCCUAGUUUUUAAGUUAAUUAAUUAGUCGCAACCGGGUAUAUUUAUCGAAGAUUACUAUAACAUGCUAGAAUCGCUGUCAAUGUUAUGAUAUAAAAAAAAAUCAAUUGAAAAAGAGGCAAAUAAAAUCUAUAUUUUUAACGUU